AUGUCGCAGUCUACCGGUCAUCCCAAUUCCACCAUUGGACCUAUGGUUCGAUUGCGAGGACUGCCUUAUUCUGCUUUGCCGUUGGGUGGCAUAGGCAUUCAUCCAGACGGAACAGAAGAGAAGUUGAAUACUAAUACACAAAUACAUCCUACACGGGGUGCGGAGGCGUUCAUCACAGAUGUUCUGAGGGAAUCAAGUUUAUUCAUCGAUGGCAUGGGGUUGGAUGAUAGUUGGGACCUUGACAAACGUUCGACUACUCUCUUCGGUAAGAAGCGCAUUCUGUUCCUUAAGCGCGUCAUUCCUGCCAGGGAUAUCAACAGAAGGAGAGUGUACAGUCAGCUUCCGCUAGUAGAUAAUAAGGAGGUCUGGUAUGCUAGAAGAAGUUUUCAUGAUAAUCAGGAUACACGAGGUUCAGCUACUUGGGACCAAGUUACUGUAGACAUCAAAGAGAAUCAUGCCCUUACAGAGGAGGCGGUUUCGGACGAUGUGACCGCUAAACAAUGCAUGCGCUGGAAUACGAACAACCUCAUUGUUGACAGUGGUGGUGAACAAUGGAACAAUAUCACAAUGGCUGUCGUGGAAAUGAGGCAUAAAAUGCCCGUGAUAAUAAAUAAGCGGACGUUCCCUGUGGUAUUGAUCACUGCGUCGCCGGGCAGCUCUAACGGAAAUGAGUUCCUAGUUAUCUCAAUACCUAUAAUCGAUUUCGAGACAACCACGUGGGCCCAAUUAUCAAAAGAAAAGAAACAAGUUGUUGCGGCCUAUGCAGCCAUCGAACAGUUUCGUAUUCUCCCUCAGGGAGAAAUAGAGUGGACAAUGGCUACUACUGUAGUGUCGCUCGCAUCUUGA